CCUGAUCGUGUGCUUUAUUGCGCGCCUGUUUCCAAGCGAAACAGUUGUCAUUGUUACGGAUGCGCUGUUACGUGUAUAGGCUUCGGAAUAGAAGCCAGCAUACCUCGGCCUAAUUUUGCUGGGGAUAUCAAUUGCAGAAGGUCACUGCCGUAGUUAAAUUAUUCAGGAAAAAUACGGAACUCUUGGACAUGCGGAAAUAUUUCAUAAUCCUGGUAAGCGAUUUUGUCCCAGAGGAGAAUGAACUCAUUAUUUACUGUCAAGUUAGUAGUAAUUAGGUCGUUCCGACUAGCCUGCUGCAUUUCGACUUGGACGCAGAGCGUUAGCGAUGAGAAUCUUAGCGUAAAGCGCGAUCACACGCCUGAUAACUCAGCAGAAAUCAUAAUGAGAUUAAAUACGUUAUAAUAAGGUAAACAUUGAUCAAUAUACAGACUAUUUUAACACGCUAACCUGCACACAAUUGAAAGUUAAUUGUAAAAGGAACAGUUGUGUUUUGAACGAGCGUUGUUGGGACAAGCACGGAUUCUGAGCAUCUCACGAGUGUACGAAUAAUGCAACCAAUCAUUGUUUCUGCUCUCACAUAUUAUUAAAGAAUCGGUUUUGUUUCAAUAAACCACAUUUAUCAAUCAGUUUUGCAAAACUAAACGUUUAUUCAAUUUGAACCGCAUGUAACUCGAGGAUUAACCAUUGAUAUAUUAAUUCUUUCAGAAUAACAGGAAGACUUUUAUUUAAUGAUUUGGAAUACCUACGUAGUAUGUGAUUUGUUUAAAAACUGUUUCACCAUAGGAUAUAUCUAAAUUGUGUUGAGAAGGGCAAAUCGCCAUACUCAAAGACACUCAAAAUGACAACCAGUCCAAACGCUUCAAACAAGUUAGCGUCAUAUGUGUUUCCAGAAAACAUCAACGUGAACCGAUAUAUGGCUGUGCCGACUAUCGUGUUCAUCAUUCCGGCUGUGGUCCUGAAUCUUGUAGCCUUUGUACACAUUUACAACCUCAGCCCCAAAAAACACGAUAAUAUUCCGCAUCUUUUUAUGGGUAGUUUAGCGAUAGUGAGCCUAUUGAUGGUACUUCUUACCUACCCCAUCUCAUUUGCAGUUCAAGUCACCGGACGUUUCAUUGGUGGCGUUCCAGCCUGUUUUUUCACUGCUUUUAUAUUCCUUUGGGCUGGGAAUGUUAUAGUUCUUAUUACAGUAUUAAUGAGCAUAGAACGUUGUUUAGCAAUACGAUGGCCGUUUAAACAUACACUUAUUUUUAAUUUUAAUUUAGCAAUAAAACUUCUGGUUGGUAUUGUUUUCUACAGCUGUUGUCUUUCAUUCAUUCCACUAAUUCUUCGUGUUAUAGUUAUGGAUACUCAAGGUGUAUGCCUGUAUUCCCAGGACGAAAAGUCAAUACGCGGGAAAAUUGUAAUAUUUUUGUACGUUUCAAACUACAUAAUAAGUUGGAUUGUUAUGGCUGUUGCUAAUACAUUACUGUUAUUGACGAUGCGAGAUCUUCAGAAAAUUGCGAAGUCAGCAAGUGACGGAUAUGCAAGGCAUGAACGGAGAACCAGUUCCUCUUGGGAUAAACAGAAGAAGGAAACUUUGAAGUUUUCGCGUUUAAUAAUGGUCAUGUCUUUCUGUUACUCAUUAAGUUGGUUGCCGUUCACGGUAAAGGUUCUUUUAAAGUAUUACGGAAACUGGGAUAACCUACUAUUCAACAUGAUGACCGUGUCAUUAGCCGGUUGUGAUCCGUUCAUCAAUCCGCUUGUUUGUGUGGUAAUGAGUAAGUCUUUUAGAAGUGGUUACAGAAGGACUGUCGUUAAUGCAUUUAAAUGCGUAUGUAAGGAGAGAGGUGGGCGCAGAUGGUCUAUAGAAUUACCAGCUGAAGUCGCACAGUCAAGAUCGAGGCCGAGCGAUGGCGCUGUUUAUGAUGAAUGCCCAAAUGAGGAUUUUCAAGAAAUCUCUGACCAACUAUCCGUUUCUAAAAUUCGAGCUAAUUGUGUAAACUCGUUAAAGCAAGACGUAUGCAUAACGAGUGUAUAGCAAUAACAGUAAUCCGCGCAGAAACCUGUUCCGUGAAUCCUAUGUGUCGGUAUAUAACCUUUGAGAAAUUCAGUAUGCGAGUUUAUAAUUCCGUAUUUAAGUCUAUUACAUUCCCCAACGCAAGCAUUACCCUAUUCAACACAAAGUUGAGCAUAACAUAUACUUUUAAUAAAACUAUGCAGAAAUAUUUCUUUAACAAUUUUUCUUUUUCUCUAACUUGUAAGUAGAAAAAUACCUUUUGUAGUAGCUCAUAUAAAACUCAAGUCAUGUAAUUGUGAAACUGGAAAUCAUUUCCGAAACAUUUCUCUGGUUUGCAAAUAUGCUCAUUGUGUUAUGGUUUCAUGUUAGUAGGAAGCUUUCGAUCUGUGCGACGACGCGACUCAUGCGUGACCGUCCUACGUGGCAUCCUACGUUCUCUGCUUUUGGCCAAAUUGCGUUCCAGAAUCUACUCGACAAGGUGACCUCAACGUUCUCGCAUGCGCAGAUG